GCCGAGUGUGACGGAAAUAUGAUCGUACCCCGCGUACUUGUGCCAGUAUCCACACAGAAGAGUGCACAGAGAUGGGCAGGUAUAUGUUAACGCAGGCUCAAUGUCAAAGAGAGUCUGUGAGUAGUUUCACUGGCAUCAAAGAACGGAUACAAAUUGAUAUGAUACGUGACACAGAUCGCUAUACUUUUUCUUUUCUCUGACACCACAAUGAGAUAAGCUAGUCGCGUAGUGGCGUGAAAGGGGCGCAAGCGCGUUAAAGAAUGUGGGAGGGAAAAGAAUGGAAGUCUGAGAAUCCCCAGAUAUACUUCAAAAAUGGCUGGGCCACAUCCGAUCUAGAUCGGUCAAAACGAAAGACAGCGAGCUUCCAGGCCGCGAAGGUCAAAAGGAAGGACGAGAGGCACGAAGGAAGGGAGAGAAAAGGAUGGAUAUGAGAGUGAGCACGCCCAAGCGUGGGCUUGCGAGAAGUGAAG